UUCAUGCGCGAACGAAAACUACUGUGGUAGUCAUGUCGAACGAAGAAGCACCGAAGUCAGCAAAGCGGACCUUAACGACGGCAGAGGAGCAGCUCCUUCGCCGCCGACAAGAGUUGGAUUACUGGAAGAAAAACGCAACGCGGAUCCGCAGCAGGAACCUUGUGACCGGCUUGUGUAUCGGCGCGUUUGUGCUCGGCAUGUUUAGUUACACCAUCCUGUCCGUCAAGCAAGAGAGAAUCCUGGAUGAAAUCGACGAUGAAGCCAGGAGCCAUUCCAUCAGAGGUCCACGGCAUGGUGCAAACUCGUGAACGAGAACUUGCUGUCUUGUCGGUUUUCAUGACAUCUGUAGAUUACAUCAUUUGUAACUAAGGAUGCUGCUUGGUGGCUGCCAAGCUCUGAAAGCGUACACUUUCUCAAAAGUCAGUUGUGUGAUAAAGUUCCAUUCCAAACAUCAGUAAUGAGAGUCAGGAGUCAUGCAACGCUAUCAACAUUUUCUCUUCCCAUUAUUUCAUUUUUUUAAAAUCUGAGAAAGUGAUAAACAGUUCAUCAACAUCAAGGGAAAAUCCCGCUUUGUGAGUUAAUUCAAAUUGCUGUUGCCGUGCAAUGUAUCAUAUUAAAAUAACUACGUUAAUUCA